GAUGGCGAACAAACUUCUUCGGAAGUGUGUCAUUCUAGCUGGCUUUUGUGUGAAAAAUCCUCCGCAGAAAUCAUCAAAUUUUUUUAGUAAUCGUAACUUGAAGGUUUUUAAAACCUCUCUUUAUCAUACAAGCAGUAUUCAUUGUAAGGGAGCAGAAAUGCAGAAGGAAACACCAGGGACAGACAAAAUUAGACCAAGGACUAAGUCACCAUCGCACAAGAUGCGUGCACGGCAGAAAGAGACAGAUCAACAUGGCUGGAUGAUUUGUCAAGCCUAUGUUACUGGUGAGAGAUACAACAUUCAUGGAAUCAAUAGUUACCUGGGGAACAUGGCAAAAUAUCAGGCAACAUUUAUACCAGAAGAUGAGCCAAAUGUACUUCGAGUUUGUAUUAAAGACAAAAAUGGUGAAAAUAGUGGAGAAGUGUUCUUCUUUGGAUGGCUUGGAUCUUUGGUGCUAUGGAAUGUUUGUAGUGCUGAGGAGCAGUUCUUUAAAAAGAUUGCACAGCUGUUCCAAGAUGGAGGCCUUGAUAUAGCACUUACUGACACAGAAGAUGAACAACUUUUAUUUUCCUACUCCAAAAAUUCCACUGCUCUCCACAGUGGAAGGAUAAUAUUAAAUGAAAAUUCAACGGAAGACAUAAUGGCAUUAGAGAAAUAUACUUUUUCAAAUGCUUUAGCUUUGUCUGUUAAACUUGCUAUCUGGGAGUCAGUCUUAGAUCAAUAUGUGGAGUCCAUACAAUGGGUCCCUGAGGAUUUAAGGAAAGGAAGAAAAGUAAGAAUGUCUAGAAAAGAAGUGCUAGAGAAAACAGGAGAACUCAUUUCCCUCAGGUAUAAAAUCAAUUUGUCCUCUGAUCUUCUGAUGACCCCAGAUUUUUACUGGGACAGAGAAAACCUGGAAAACUUGUAUGACAAAACUUGUGUCUACCUUGAUAUUCACAGAAGAACAAGGGUGAUGAAUGAGAAAUUAAACCAUUGUUCUGAGAUGGUGGAGUUGUUAAGAACACAUCUCAGUGAAAAACACUCAUUCAGGUUGGAGUGGGGAAUAAUUGCACUUAUAGCAGUUGAGGUUGUCUUUGAGACAUUGUAUUUAAUAGAGAGAUACUUUCCAUUCAGAUGACCUUGGCCUGAAAGAAGACCAUAUCAGAGCAGCAAUCCAAAUAUUUUGUUGCACUUAUAAGGAACCUUAAAUGUUUUUUAAAAAUUAUUUUAGAUGACCUUGGCCUGAAAGAAGAACUUAUCAAAGCAGCAAUUCACAACAUUUUGUUGCACUUAUGAGGAAUCUUAAAUGUUUUUAAUAAAAUUAUUUUGCAUGACCUUGGCCUAAAAGAAAACAUAUCAAUAUCAGUAUCUGGGCAACUGCCCACCUACUUCUCCCUUAACUCAACAACAGUCAAUUGAUAACAAGUUAGGGUUAAUGUUGGGUUAGGGGAGGGGUAGGUGGGCAGUUGCCCAGAUGCUGAUAUUGAUCUAAAAAAACCAUAUCAAAGCAGCGAUCCACAA